AUGCGGCAGGAGGCACCCAGCACUGUGCUGGCGUCCCCGAUGCGCCAAGCGGGCCUUCCCAAGCGGAAGGGCACUGCAUAUGCCUGCCUGCUGGCCAAGGCGCACCAAGGGGCUGCGGCUCCCGCCCCCCAGCUGAGUCCCUCGGCACAGGCCGUGCUGGCAGCCGUGCCUGUGGAGGAAGGUGGCAAUGACACAAGCCCAGCCGUGUUCUUCGACCUGCGGAUCGGCGAGGAGGACGUGGGCCGCGUCGUCAUUGGGCUCUUUGGCAAGACGGUGCCCAAGACAGUGGAGAACUUUGUGGCGUUGGCCACCGGAGAGAAAGGAUUCGGCUUCAAGGGCAGCAAGUUUCACCGUGUGAUCAAGGACUUCAUGAUCCAGGGAGGAGACUUCACCCGCGGAGAUGGCACCGGAGGAAAAAGUAUCUACGGGGAUCGCUUCCCUGACGAGAACUUCAAGCUGAAGCACUAUGGGCCUGGCUGGGUGAGCAUGGCCAACGCCGGCAAGGACACCAACGGUUCCCAGUUCUUCAUCACCACAGUGAAGACGCCGUGGCUGGACGGCAAGCACGUGGUGUUCGGCAAAGUGCUGGAGGGCAUGGACGUGGUGAGGAAGGUGGAGAGCACGAAGACGGACAGCCGGGACAAGCCCCUGAAGGACGUCGCCAUCGCCGACUGUGGCACCAUUGAGGUGGAGAAGCCAUUUGCCAUCGCCAAAGAGUAA